AAUAUUUAGUCUUCAUAAAAUAAUAAGGCUGUACGGUUCUCUCUCUACAUUUAUAUACAGCCAUAAAAUGUAUAAAAUAAUAAAAAAUCCAUCAAUACCGAAAUAUUCAAUAUUGAUGACGUCAUCAUUAUCAAAAAAUGAAAAUAUUAUUCGGAUAACAUCAAGAUAUUUAGCAACUAGUCAAGAUAUAUUUGUUAAUAAAACAGGUUUUGCAAGACGUCAUAUCGGACCAAGAAAAACUGAUGUUGUUGCAAUGUUAGAUUUAAUUGGUUAUAAAUCAUUAGAUGAUUUAUCAAAUAAAGCUGUACCAAAAAAUAUACAAUUGGGACGUAAUUUAAAUUUAGAUGAACCAAUUAAUGAACAUGAAUUAAUAGCAAAAAUACAAAAAAUUGCUGAACGUAAUGAAAUAUGGCGUUCAUAUAUUGGAAUGGGUUAUCAUAAUUGUUAUGUACCACAUACAAUAAUGCGUAAUAUAUUUGAAAAUCCUGGUUGGACAACACAAUAUACACCAUAUCAACCGGAAAUAGCACAAGGACGUUUAGAAUCAUUAUUAAAUUAUCAAACUUUAGUAUCUGAAAUGACAAAAUUAGAUGUUGCUAAUGCAUCAUUAUUAGAUGAAGGUACUGCAGCUGCUGAAGCAAUGUGCCUCUGUACAAGAUCAAAUAAACGUAAAAAAAUUUUUUUAUCUGAUAAAGUUCAUCCACAAACAUUAUCUGUUGUUGAAACAAGAGCUACUGCUUUAGAACUAGAAGUUGAAAUUGGUCCAAUUUCAAAUGUUGAUUUUGAAUCAAGGCAAUUAUCAGGAAUUCUUAUACAAUAUCCUGAUACUUUAGGACAUAUUAAUGACUACGAAAAAUUAGUCGAAAAAGCUCAUGUUAAUGGAACAUUAGUUGUUGUUGCAACCGAUUUACUUGCUUUAACUAUGCUAAGAGCUCCAGGUGAAUUUGGUGCUGAUAUUGCUAUUGGAACAUCACAACGUUUAGGAGUACCUUUAGGAUAUGGUGGCCCACAUGCAGGAUUUUUUGCAUGUAAACAAAAUUUAGUUCGUUUAAUGCCUGGUCGUAUGAUUGGUGUAACAAGAGACAUGAAUAAUCAUGAAGCAUAUAGAUUGGCAUUACAAACCAGAGAACAACAUAUUAGACGUGAUAAAGCUACAAGUAAUAUAUGUACAGCUCAAGCUCUUCUAGCAAAUAUGUCAGCAAUGUAUGCAAUUUAUCAUGGACCGGAUGGUUUGAAAGAUAUUGCAAAAAAAAUUCAUAAAUAUUGUGGUAUUCUAAAAAUUGGAAUUGAAACUGCUGGCUAUAAAGUUACAAAUCCACAUUUCUUUGAUACCUUACACAUUGUAUUGGAAAAUGAAGCAAUGCAAGAAAUUAAACAAAGAGCAGAAUCAAAAAAAAUUAAUUUAAGAUAUUUUGAUGAUGGUAGUAUUGGUGUUUCAUUAGAUGAAACUGUAAAAGAAACUGAUUUGGAUGAUUUAUUAUGGAUUUUCAAAUGCAAAAAAACAAUUAAAGAAUUAAAACAAGAAGCAGAGAUUGAUAUCCAAUCAAUUGAAGAUACAAAAUUGGCAAGAACUUCAUCUUUUCUCACACAUCCAGUUUUUAGUAGUUAUCACAGCGAGUCGAGAAUGGUUAGGUACAUGAAACAAUUAGAAAAUAAAGAUAUUUCUUUAGUUCAUUCAAUGAUUCCAUUAGGAUCUUGUACUAUGAAACUGAAUUCUUCAACAGAAAUGAUGCCAUGCUCAUUUCAACAUUUUACUGAAAUUCAUCCUUUUGUACCUGUCGAUCAAGCAAAAGGUUAUCACCAAUUAUUCCAAGAAUUAGAAAAAGAUUUAUGUGAAAUUACGGGAUAUGAUAAAAUUUCGUUUCAACCUAAUAGUGGAGCUCAAGGUGAAUAUGCUGGUUUAAGAGCUAUUCGUUCAUAUCAUGAAAGUCGCGGCGAGGGUCAUAGACAUGUUUGUUUGAUCCCAGUUAGUGCUCAUGGUACAAAUCCAGCUUCGGCCCAAAUGGCUGGAAUGACUGUUGAACCAAUUCGUAUAAAAUCUGAUGGUAGCAUUGAUUUAGAACAUCUGAAAGAAAAGGCUGAAGAAUUUUCAAAUACCCUAUCAUGUUUAAUGGUUACUUAUCCAUCAACAAUGGGUGUUUUUGAAGAUAAUAUUCGCUACAUCUGUGAUUUAGUUCAUAAGCAUGGCGGCCAAGUUUAUUUGGAUGGUGCUAAUAUGAAUGCACAAGUCGGUCUUUGCCGACCAGGUGACUAUGGAAGCGAUGUGUCUCAUUUAAAUCUUCAUAAAACUUUCUGUAUACCGCAUGGAGGUGGUGGACCAGGAAUGGGUCCCAUAGGUGUUAAAAGUCACUUAGCUCCUUAUUUACCAGGCCAUCCUGUAAUUAGUCCAAUGGAAGAUCAAACAGGCAGUUUUGGUGUAGUGAGUGCUGCUCCAUUUGGCAGUUCGGCCAUUUUACCUAUAUCUUGGGCCUAUAUAAAAAUGAUGGGCGGACGAGGUUUGAAAAGAGCGACACAAGUUGCAAUAUUAAACGCAAAUUAUUUAUCAAAACGUUUAGAAAAUCAUUAUAAGACAUUAUAUAAAGAUCCAAAAACUGAGUUAGUUGCACACGAAUUUAUUUUAGAUAUGAGAGAUUUCAAAAAAACAGCCAAUAUAGAAGUUGUAGACAUAGCAAAACGUUUAAUGGACUAUGGUUUUCAUGCACCAACUAUGUCAUUCCCAGUAACCGGAACUCUUAUGAUCGAGCCUACUGAAUCAGAAGAUAAACAAGAAUUAGAUCGAUUUUGUGAAGCUAUGAUAUCUAUACGUUAUGAAAUAAAAGAAAUCGAAGAGGGUAAAAUGGAUAAAGUUACAAAUCCAUUAAAAAUGGCACCACAUACACAACAUCAAAUAAUUUCGAGUGAAUGGAAUAGACCUUAUACUAGAGAACAAGGUGCAUUUCCUGCACCAUUUGUUAAAGCAGAUACAAAAAUGUGGCCAACUGUUGGUAGAAUUGAUGACGCGUACGGUGAUAAACAUUUAGUAUGUACAUGCCCACCAAUUUUGCCUGAAUUUUAAUUUCUUUUUUAAAUUUAACAUUUUAUAAUUUUGAUCUACAAAUUAUACAUUUUAAAACAAUAAGUUUAUUUUGCUUUUUUACUAAAAUAUAUUUUAACUUCCUACAAUGAAAA